GAUCUCGCCGCGACCGCCCGCAGCAGCGGCCAGAUCCAUCCACGUCCGGCGGCCCGCCUCGCGAGGAUCAUCCGUCCGCCGCUCCCCCACGACCCCGCGGACACGUCCCUCGUCGGAUCGUGGGUGUGUGCUCGCGUGCCCCGAGGCAUUUCCGGACGGCGGAGAGGAGCUCGGAGGCGAUCUGAGAGGGAGGGGCGCGCGGUCCCAUUUCGUGCACCUCUGGGCUGCGAUCCGUUCACCGGCUGCAGAUCCGCGAAGGGCUCGUCCGACCCGCCACUCUGACAAUUCGUCUGGCCAUGGAGACUCUGGUCAUCUCGCAGCAGCAGCAGCAGCGCAGCCACCACCACCACUCCGGCCGCCGGAGGAGGCCAUCGCCGCACUUCUCAUCGCCCCACCCCAUGCGCGGCUACCAGGCCGUCAACUGCCGCGCCUUCCACUCCAGCGUCAGCAUCGGCAUCCUGCCGUCCCCGCCCACGCCACCACCAUCACGCCCCACACGGAACUACUCCCCGGAGCCCAAGACCCCGAAGCAGCAGCAGCAGCUGCACAACGGGAAGAAGCGCAGCCGAGCUAUCCCCAUCACUCCAUCAGGGUCUCCUCCUGCCGGUCCCGAGCUCUGGGCCGGCCCGGCAUACUCCAACUCGCCGCCGCCCAGCUCACUGCCCAUACCCAAGUUCUCCUCCCUCCACCAGAAGCGCAGUGUCUCGCUCGAGUUGCCACCUGCUGACCGGUCCGAUCAUGUCGAGCUGCUUGUGCAUGCCAAGUCAGCACCUUCCACACCCACUGCCGGCUCAACUCUGGGCUUCUUUGGUGACGACGACACUGCCAUUGCGACGGAGAAUCUGAGGAGGAUCCUCCAUCUGGAUAUCGCCUAGCACUCAAUCAUGGGCGUCACCGUGUACAUAGGUCAUCAGCAGCUAACCUUGGUACUGUGUAUAGAGUAACUUAGAAUAGCAGCAGCCUUCCACCUAGGUUCUUCUUCAUCACUAGUACUACUGUUAGGUGGGUUAGCAAGCAUAUCAAGACUCGUUCGAAACUGCUGUCAGAAGGGUGUGGUGGUGGUGGUGGAGCCUAUUGGGGUGGAUGAGAACACAGCAGUUUCUGAGUCACCUUUGUAGCUUCUAGUCACCUCUAUGGUUCCAACUCUCUUUAGGUAUUAGAUCUUCAUUUCCAUUCAUCAUGAUCCCAUAGUGGUAGUAGUCUGCAUGAUCCUAGCUAGUAGGAAACUGCACCUGGCAGGGGUAGGGUAGUAAGGUAGUAUUGUUCUCUUGUCAGAUAACUGGAGUUUACACUCUGGUAUCUGUUCCUGUGCUACAGUCUAGGAUAUCUGCAUCUUAUAUUCUUCUGAUACAUACAUUCUGCCUCGCCAUCUUGACACUAUUCAUCCCGACUUCUCCGGUGCUCUGCAAAGAACACCAAGAUCUCUCCUCACUGGCUCUUCUGUAUUUUUUGAAUGAAGAGGCUCAGUGGUGAUUUCAACAAGUCCCCUCACUCAUCCGUCUACUAACUUCUAUCUCUGCACCUCCUCUCCCACCUCAGUUUGUUUCAUAUGUAGCGUGUCCAAUCCCCUCCCCUGCCAUGGAAUCUUCAUUUCACCCAUAAACUCAAGUUCAUCUAGCAGCAGGGAUGCGCUUCUUCUGUCACCCUGUAUAGUUCAUGGUCCCUGUUCAUGUUCAUGGAACAUGUUGAGGAUUCGGUUUCUGUUGGCAUGUUUGAUAAAGGAUGUGAGACUCCAGAUUUCAAAGACCUGCAAGAGUACAAGCAGUGAUAUGGUUUGCUUCUCCAGUGCAACAUCAUGGGACAUGUAUCUGGGGUUCAGAUUGCCUAAGCUCUAAAUCUAGGUUUGCUUCUCUGGUACAACUUCAGGGUACAUGUACCUGGGUUUCAGAUUUCCUAAGUUGUAAAUCUAGGUUCGCUUCUCCAGCGCAAUUUCAUGGUACAUGUACCUGGGGUUCAUAUUUACCGAAGUUUCAAUAAAUCUAGUUGCUUGUUUCCUUCGUAGUUAACAAGCAUCAGUUCAGUGCAGCAUAUGCUAGACUGAUCCUUUAAUGUAAUGCCUACUUGGCUAGCUUUUUCUGGUACUGUUUAAACUAAUCAGUAUAUGGUUAGUGGUGUUUCCCUUUAUUAGUAGAUGUUGCUGCUUUGUCAGCGUGCUGUUUCAGCACAAAAAAUGCUAGUCCUUUAUAUCAGUGUUAAUCAUGUGUCGUAAAAUCUUUGUUGUUGACCAUUGUGAAGACUAGUCAUGUUUUAUAAUCUAGUUAAACAGUUGGUUCUUAUGGCUCA